AUGGCAGAGGUUGAACAGCUAAGAAAAUCCCUCGACCAAUUUUGCUCCUUAAAAAUCGACGACUCCAAUACAGAAAAUAUUCCAGAUGAUCUUCAAGUUGUGAUCGACAAAAUUUCAUCAAAUGGCGACAUGCCUUUCGAGCUCGAAUGGUCUCAAGUUAGUCGCAUUAUUCGACAGAGAAUACUGUAUUGCGUCGCAUUUAUGAGCGAGAAAAGAAAGUACGAAGGUCCGCUCGAGGAGUACGAAAAUACGCUGAAAAUUAUUCUCAAAAGAAUAGAAAUCUUCGUUAUGGACGAGCCACCUUUCACUAUUCAGCGCGUCUGCGAACUUCUUGUAGCUCCAGACAAGCAUUACAAAAACACCGACAAAUACAUGCGAGCUCUUCAGAAAAAUCUCCUCGUUGUCUCUGGCUGGCGUAAAUUUGCAGAAGAAGAGGUCCCAGACACAGAGCCGGAAAAAGAAAGCUGCCAAGAAGAAGAGAGUCAAGCUGAGCCUGAUUCUACCUCAGAGCCUUCUACUCCAGCGCCUCAUCGAGCUGUUUCUAUCACACAUGAUGUCUCUUAUCCCGAAGAAACAGCUGCUGAAAAUGCCUCCCCUGACUCGACAACCAUCGAAGAAAAGCCCGAAGAGCGAUCGUUCCUCGAGAGGCCGAAAAAGAAAUUGGCAGACGACGAGGAUGAAGACGCAUUCGAUCAGUUGGUGAAAUCAAACGCCUCGCCAUCGCGGAAAGUGGCGCUUGGAACAUCAAAAAUUCAAAUCAACGUUGGCGCCGAUUUCGCAAAAGACGUCAAGGCCGAGGCAGAGGCGAGUCCUGAGCAGCCAGUUCCUGAUUUAGAAAAUGUGCCGCAAGAGGAGGCCACCGCUAAAGAUAUCAAAGAAGAAGGAGGAGAGCCAGAGGAAAAGUCAACAGAGACGAUGGUUGUUGGAGAGGCAGGAGAUGCUCCUGCUAAUUCAGUAAUGAAGGAAAGUAGCGAGGCGAUUCCUAUGGAAGACGUUAAAGAAGAAGAAGUCACUGAGGAAAAAGAACGCAAGAGAAAACGCCCCUCACUGUCGGAAGAAAAGCAAGAGGAAAAAGACUUGGACGAACUAGAGCAACCAGCAACCCCACAGAAAAUGACAGGGGCCUUAGCUUUCGAGUACACAAAUAAAGAUUUGUGUGUUGCAAAAAUCGAUCAGCUCUGGGAGGAUCAGUGGAAAAGGGUUGAGUCUGACGGCCUUCUACGCUACGAGCAGCCAAGAGAAAAUCCAAACUGCAAUCUUGUUCAAUCAAAAGAAGGCUUCGAAUUCGCGUUUCAAUAUCUCCUCAAUCGUGGUUCCAAAAGACGCGCGCGCGUUCAAUUUUCAUCAGUAAAUGAGCCGUUCUCAAACGAGCGAUUUCACUUUGGCAAGAUUAAUUCUUCUGAAAUCCUCUUCACGCUGAAACCAAUUCAUCGACCAGAUUCAUCAGCGACGGCGAUCGCCAACGUGUCCCCAAUUGAAUGGGGUCACUUUCUGCUCGUCCCUAAUUUGGAAAAGAAUCUGAUGCAGAAAAUAACGAGAGAAGCGAUGGUUUUGGCCUUUGAAACUUUUUUCCUCGUCGGCAAAAAACAUUUUCGGAUGAUGUACAAUUCUCUCCUCGGCUGGGCUUCUGUCAAUCACUUGCACUUUCAUUGCUACGAGUUCGACGAACAACUCGUUCUAGACAACCUAAAAUUGGUCCUUCUUUGCGCUGAUGUUUUCAAAACGAACCCUUCCUAUCCCCUUCCUGCCUUUGUCCUCAAGUUUGACAAGUCGACUUACGAAUAUGUGGCGAUAAAAGUAACCCAUAUCACCGAUCUUCUUCAUUCCCGCAAAGUCGCCCAUAAUAUGGUUAUAACAGCGGGCAGAUGCUACAUUUUCCCGAGAAAGAAUGCUGAUACUUCUGUUGUAUCCCAAUGUGUGGAUCCAGCAUGCGUCGAACUCUCCGGACAGUUUCCCUGCAAGGCAGAGGAAGAAUGGAAGAAUCUAACCCCAGGGAAGGCUGUGGAGAUGAUUCGUUCAGUUCGAAUCGAAGCAGACGUCUUUUCACGUGUCGAGCAAGAUAUUGUCGAACUCAGUCUCGCACAGAACGCGUUUAUCUACUCCGCCGUAGAUUUCGUGACAGAGCGAGAGGAAGAACCGCUCGUCGAUUUUGGCCUUGUGCGGCUGUCGCCUCUUGACGAACGGCUAAUCCAGUCUUUUGAUGCCGCCGAUAAAGCAGGUGUUAUGAGAUAUUCUCAAGAGAAGGGCUGUAAUCCAAUGCGCGAGUUAAAAACGUCUAAAGGUCUCAGCAUUGUGGCCGAAUUUAACCAUCACCGCGGGUUCAACAAACGCGCGCGCGUCGAAGUGCCCACCAUCAAUCAACCCUUUGACCGGGAGAAAUUCAACUUCAACAAAAUCGCCCCGAAUGAAAUAUUGUUUCGCUUUCGCUCCUCACUGAAUGGGAGGGGAAUUGGGGAUCAUCUCGCCAUUGUCAACAUCUCGCCGAUCAAUUGGUGCCAUUGUUUGUACGUGAUAGAGCCUGAGAAGUGUCUCCCGCAGAGAAUAACCAUGGAAGCUGUCAGGGUUGGUUUUGACUUGAUGAGAAUGACGAGAGCGAAGGGAUUCAGAGUAAUGUUCAACUCUCUCUGGGCCUGGGCCUCCGUCAACCACCUCCACCUCCACUCGAUGCUAGUCGAUAAGCCCUUCGGCAUGGACACAUGUCCGAGUUUAUCCUGGGGAUCAUCCGAAACAUCGCGCGUCCGAAAACUCGCUGAUUGCUCGCACUUACCCGGUUAUGUGUUCAACUUUCCAGUAAGGAAUUCAGAUGAUCAGGAAGAGAUCCUCGAAGAGAUUGUCAAAGAAUUCGAUCAAGCAAUCGAAUUCUUUCACGAGAACGAGAUUCCUUACAACUGCACAUGGGCGCGAGGAACAGAUACAGGCGAGCAAGAGAAGAACGCAGAUUAUAUAAGACUGUUUCUCUGGCCAAGAGCUAGUGCAGCCGGUUGGGAACCACAUCCCGCUUUUGACAAUGCUUGCGCAGAACUGGAAGGCUUUCUACCGAUCAAAGUCAAGGAAGAGUUCGAUGCGCUAACUGGUGAUAGUGCUGAAGCUUUGAUUCACCGCGCAAAACUUGAUGAAAAAACGACUAUUCUUGUCGAAGAAUUUAUGAAAAAAUUAUAG